UAUCGUGACAAGUUCAGUUUUCAUCGUUCCUUUAUAAUUUGUAAACAAAGGCUAAAAUUCGUACGGUUCCUUCCGCGCUUUCUAAUAGCAGAGCUUAAUCGAAAUGAAAUCACGAAAACAACUGGUAUCAGCCAAACGAAAGCAUUUAAAGUCGAAAGUGAGCUCCAAGCGAAAAGCAACCAAUAAAGUAAAACAACUGGCUAUCUAUAAAAUUCCACGCUCUAAAUUGGAGAACGCUCUUGAAUUUCUAGAAAGCGAACAUGAUCCGCUAGUACGCAAUGUUUCCUGGCCAUGCCAUGUGAAUAUCACCAAUCUAGCGAAUGCGAACAGAAAGGUAGAUAAGUACGCUUCCGACACACUAAACGUGAUGGAAGUGGCUCGACAAUGUGCUGAACGUGGUCAAUGGUCAAACCUGAUGAAAACCGUGGCCAUCAUGUGUGAAGACCUCAGACAGAUGGAUGUGAAUGCAAUUUUAAGGAACUCUCUUUUCGGAAUCAUUGCCGAUCCAGCGCUGGACAAUCCUUCCUAUCUGGAGGACUAUUUGUAUGCAUAUCCGGCAUGUAAAACUCCGGGAGAUAUAUCAUAUUGUAUAAACAGCAUGUUGAAAGUGUUUGAAGGUAUUUUUACUCCAAGAAAACGACGUGGUCGUUACGCUUCACGGUCGGAAAAGAACGAUUAACCGUAAUCAAUAACAUUAUUGAAAAAAUCACGUGUAGUGAUUUUUUGUCUGAAAAUUAACAGACACCGUAUGAUCCUAAUAAUAGUUUUUAAUAUUUUUGUCAUGACGAUUUAAAAACAGCCGAAAUACCAAG